AUGUCUCAAUUACUCUCCCCAAUAGCCCUUCGGGCCCUACGGACUCUGAUUCACCGUCCUGCGAUCUCCUCGCCCCUCUGCCGCACCAUCACCACAUCACCCGCUACCUUCGCCUCGAAACAAUCCCCCAUCACCUCCCGCCUCAACUUCCACCCCGUCUUCCGCACAGCCGCCGUCGGCUUCUCCGCAGUGCCAAAGCGGCAAUUCUCUAGCUCGCCUAUCAUCCGCGCUACGUACAACCAGGUCCGGCGCGGUAUUCGUACUGGACAGCGGGCUCGUCGGGGUGGAUCCCCUGCGUUGAAGGGUACGCCUGGGUUGAAGGGCGUUUGUCUUAAGACUGGUGUUACCAAGCCUAAGAAACCUAACUCUGGUGAGAGGAAGGUUGCAAGAGUGCGGUUGAGUUCUGGCAAGGUUAUUACUGCUUAUAUUCCUGGUGAAGGCCACAAUAUCCAGCAGCAUAGUGUUGUCCUGGUCCGUGGUGGACGUGCUCAGGAUUGUCCUGGUGUGAAGUAUACCCUUGUUCGUGGUGGAAUGGAUUUGGGUGGUGUUGGAAGCCGUAUGACGAGUCGCUCGAAGUACGGUACAAAGAAGCCGAAGACCAACUAA